AGUAAUCGUACAGAAACGACCAUUAUUGUGUUAUCUUGCAUUGCCUUGGCUUCCUUUUCAUAUCUCGGCCGCUGCUAUCUGUUAGAUAUAAUGUGCCCAGCUUCUUUUCCCCCGCUCGAAGGGAUGUCUUCUUUUUGGAGAACCGACCUGGGCAAUCUCGACAACCAUCAGUCAACUGCGGAGCUCCCAACUUGUGUAGACAUCGCCAUUAUUGGUGCCGGAUACUCUGCAGCAGCAAUUCUCACACAUAUCCUGGCAACAACUCCGGCUGCGGAUAGGCCAUCAAUUCUUGUUCUUGAAGCUCGGCAGUUAUGCUCGGGUGCGACUGGACGAAAUGGUGGCCAUUUGAAGCCCGACUCAUAUAACGCGAUUUCUGGGUAUGCCUCUGAGUACGGGAUAGAAGCCGCGGCAGAAGUUGCGUCAUUUGAAGCCGCAAAUGUUAAAGCUGUCACUGAAUACAUCCAACAAAAUAAAGUUGAUUGCGACUUUGUGCUUACGAGGGCGGUCGAUGUCCAACUUUCCACUGGCCAUCAACGUCGUAUCAAGGAAGGUUAUGACAAGCUUAUUGCUGCUGGACUUAAACCGACCAAGGAUACAUUCAGUGUUGAAGAGAAUGAUGCGGAGAUGAUGUCUGGCGUAAAAGGCGCAAAGGGCUGUUUUACAUAUACGGCAGGACACCUUUGGCCCUACAAACUUAUCCACCACAUGUUUUCAGAAGCAAUCCGUCAAGGAAUCAACCUGCAAACUAAUACGCCAGUUAAUUCUGUCUCCGAGACUCAAGAUGCAACUGGUCAAUGGAUUUUGAAUACCAACAGGGGUGAAGUCAGAGCGCGAAAGGUCGUGUUCGCAACCAAUGCCUACACAGGCUCACUACUUCCAGAAUACAAAAGCAAGAUCAUUCCAUAUCGCGCUGUAUGCAGUCGGAUCAAGACCCCAAGGCCACAUCCUCUUCUUAAUAAUACCUACGCACUUCGAUUCUCGGACUGGAACUUUGACUACCUAAUCCCUCGGUUAGAUGGGAGUAUCAUAGUCGGUGGAGCUCGAGAUGCGUAUAUCAGGUCUGUUGACUCAUGGUAUGGGAACGUUGAUGACACUCAAGUCAUUGAUGAAGCGCGCUCCUAUUUCGAUGACUACAUGCAGAGGCAUUUCCAUGGAUGGGAGGACAGUGGGGCAUAUGUCGAUGAUAUAUGGACCGGAAUCAUGGGGUACUCUUCCGACCGGCUCCCUCGAGUAGGACCUAUACCUGGUCGACCAGGCAUGUUUAUCAUGGGAGGCUUCACUGGCCAUGGUAUGCCGCAAAUCUACCUGUGCGGACAAGCGAUGGCGAAGUUUCUCCUCAAAGAUGCUUCAUUCAAGGAGACUGGUUUGCCCCGAUUAUUUGAGGAAACACAGGCUCGUUUAGAAGACCCAAGAGACAGAGUGCUAGAGUUAUUUCCGGUCACUGUCUCGCCUCCACAAAAAAAGUUUAAAUGUCGACUGCAAUUGGUAGACCGCAACGUCCCGCCUCACGAGCCGACUUUCCGCUUGCCAUCAUCUGCGCCCUCUCUCGAAGCCGAUGCGAUAGAAGCCCUAUUUGACGAAUACUGGGACUGUCAUGUCUACAGCAAAGCCCCCGGCGACCCCAAUUCCUACUCGACUGGACGUAUCGGCCAUCAUAAUGUCGUACUCGCCUACAUGCCUGAAGCAGGAAAGGCCAACGGAGCCGCUGUCGCGACUAAUUGUCGUGUGAGCUUCCCUCAUGUCAAAUUGGCCAUCGUCGUCGGGAUCUGUGGAGUCAUCCCUUUCACCCCGGGUCCUCGAGAUGCACACCAUGAGAUCAUUUUGGGAGAUGUCAUUGUCAGUCAAAGCGUUGUCCAGUACGAUUUGGGACGGCAAUAUCCUGACAGCUUUGAGUACAAAAACGCCAAUGAAGAGGCUCUUGGGAGACCCAACGUUGAGAUCCGUUCCCUGCUAUCGAAGCUGAAGGGCCUCCGAGCACGAAGAGCAUUCGAAUCCGACAUAAGAAGAUUCCUUUCAUUCCUGCAAGAAGAUCUAGAACUGGCCGCCCAUUACCCAGAACCCGGGACAGAUCGCCUAUACGAGGCUACCUACCUGCAUGUCGACAAAGACAUGCCAUGUGGCAAGUGCGGCUGCAACGGAAAGCUUGUGCCGCGUGAACGACUUGAACGAGAAGUACCAGAUCCCAGGGUGCACUUUGGAAGGAUUGCCUCUGGCGACACAGUCAUGAAAUCGGGCAAACAGCGUGACGAUAUCGCUAGAAAGCUUGGCGUCAUUGCUUUUGAGAUGGAGAGCGCUGGAGUAUGGGAUAGCCUACCAUGCUUGGUUAUUAAGGGCGCCUGCGAUUAUGCCGAUAGUCACAAGGCUAAAACUGCCCAGAGUUACGCUGCAGCGACUGCCGCUGCUUGCACCAAAGCUAUAUUGCGCCAUUGGGUGGUUCCAACCAGUCAUGAUUCAACUGGAGAGGGUAACUUAACUCGGUUCUUGGUCCCUUUCCCACCAAAUGAAGACUUUGUUGGCCGACAGGACAUUCUUGAGAGCCUUCGUCAAGAAUUAAGUCUUAAAAAGUCUCAUGCUGUCGCAGCUCUCUUUGGUUUAGGAGGGGCAGGAAAAACACAGAUCGCCCUGGCAUAUGUGCACGAGACGCGCGCCCAGAAUCCAGGCCUGUCAGUCUUUUGGGUUUACGCAAGUAAUGAAGAGCGCAUGCGGCAGUCAUAUGCCAUAAUUAUUCAACAAUUCGAGAUUCCUCGCGGUGAAAACGACUUGAGUGAUCUCGAACUGGUAAAAAGAUGGUUGGAAGCUGAAUUCCACAGGCCAUGGCUGAUGGUUGUCGACAAUGUCGAUGACUUCGACCUUUUUUAUGGCACUAGUGGUCUGAGUCGGUUUCUCCCAACCUGCGCUCAAGGUCAGUUGCUCAUCACGACUAGAAAUCGGCAGGUAGCUAUCCGAGCUACUAAAGGUCGGUGCUCCAUUGAAGUCCCGCGGAUGACCGAGAGCGAAGCACAAGAACUCCUUGGUGAACAUCUAGGGUUUUUGCGGCCCGACGUUGCUGACCUAUCGACAUUGGCGUUGAAGCUCGAAUACCUUCCUUUGAUACUUGUGCAAGCCGCUUCAUUCAUUAAAGAGAACAGUAUCUCGAUCAGCGAGUACUUGAACCUUCUAGAAACAGACGAGAACCUGAUACAACUACUCGAUGAGGACUUUGAGGCAGAUGGCAGAGAUCCAGACUCAUUGCAAGCUGUUACCAAAACUUGGACAAUUUCAUUUCGACAAAUCAGACGCCAGAACGAAUUAGCGGGCGAUUUACUAUCUUUACUGUCUAUGUUCGAUCAUCAGCAUAUACCUGAGGAAUUCUUGGUCACUUAUCUAUCGCUCACUUACGGCGAUGAAAGGACCUUGGAGCGUCUCAGGGCCAUUGGGCUUCUGAAAGCCUUCUCCUUUGUAUCGAGUGGAGAAGACAACAGCAUCUCUAUGCAUCGACUGAUACAGCUGGUGAUGCGCAGAUGGCUCAUCAAAGAAGACACAAUGGAAUAUUUCUUGCGCAAGGCGAUCUUGACAAUACACGGGGUGUCUGCUUUAACGUCCGACGACGACACAUCAACACGAGUUCUACAUAAUACCUCUCACAUACUCAUCGCCCUAUCUAUAUUUCACAGCACUUUUGGUGCGAAUAUGUGGAGUCGUACGAAUACCCUCGAGAUGUUCAAGCUUACUAUUCUUGCCGCCUAUAAGGAUCUGAUCUUUCAUCUUAGUGCAAAUGGUCUAGCUGAGGAGGUGCUGGAUAUAAGAUUAGAUACAAAAAAGGACUGGCUUGGUACAGAGGCUAGUGCCGCGAUAUUUGCAAGUUACUAUCACGCAUUAUACGAGGAACGGACUAGCAUUAUACGACAACUGGAGAUUGUUGUUGAUACAUGGCGAUUUAUGUUGCCCCCUGGUACCAGCAAUGUAUGGGAGAUAUGCGAAGCAGAUCUUCGGGGUUAUUCGUCCCGGCGUAGUGCCUAGGCGUGUUAAGAUUUAUGUGACAUGGUAGAGCGGGACGAUAAGGGAAAAUGGAGCGCGUGUCAAUAUUUUGAUAGUAUUUAAUUAAUUAAAGCUUCCUAUAAUGACAAUUAAU